AAGGUAGCUGCUGUUGUCUCCAUGGCCCGAAUCAUCGACCUGGUACCUUGGGAUGAUGGCUCCACCCAUAUGUACGCAUCCCCGGCUAUCCUGCUCCCUAUUGGACGGAAGCGCAACCCGCUGGCUGGCGUAAAGCACCAGCUGUAUCACCCGACCCUGCCCAGCCUGCGCCGUAUGGACAUGGACACUGUACGGGGCUGCCUCUCUGACGAGCACUGCCAGUCCAGCACUUAUUCUCGCAAAGAUGAGUUUGACAAUGCCCACUUUACUCUCCUGGGGGUCCCCAACAAACCCCUGCAGUGCUUGGAUGUCACGGAGACAGGGCAGAAGCUCCGAGGCAGGUACGGCGCUGGCAAGCUAGCGCCCAUCGCUCCGGGCAUCAACAGGGUCGACUGGCCCUGCUUCACGCACGCCAUCGAGGAUUGGUCCCACUUCGUAUCCUCGGCCGGCGAGUUUAAACUGCCCUGCAGUGACAAGACGGUUGAGAGCUUCAGUGGUUACGCAGUGCGGCACUUGAAACCGGAUGUGAGCCAGAGCUGGCGGUUCUGUCUCAACCAGAACCCCAGCUUGGACCGCUACGGACAGAAGCCCCUACCUUUCGACUCCAUGAAUACUUUCCGAAGCUUCGGCUCCCACUACAGUCGUGUCAACUACCUGACUCCGUGGUAUUAA